AGAAGAAAACAGGGUAAAUAAAACCAACAUAUCAUAUGAGCUUGGUACUUCUUGGAACCAAAGCCGCAAACCUGGGAAAUAAGCUAAGAAUGACGACUUAAGGGUUCCUGUUCGGGGAGCACAAGGAGAAGAUGGCACAAAACCAGAGAGACUCGGCAGGAGGGGGCCGGUGGGGAAGGAUCGCCGUUGAGAUCCCGCCCCGGCCCCCACCCAGUCCCACCCGGUCCGCCGGCUCAGCCAUGAUCAAGGCGAUCCUCAGCUUCAACAACCACGGGAAGCCGCGGCUCUCCAAGUCCUACCAGCCCGACAGUGAAGAUACACAACAGCACAUCAGCAGGGAGACAUUCCAUUUGGUAGCUAAGAGAGAUGGAAAUGUUUGUAAUUUCCUAGACGGAGGACUGUUAAUCGGAGGAUCUGACAACAAACUGAUGUAUAGACAUUAUGCAACGCUGUAUUUUGUUUUUUGUGUGGAUUCUUCAGAAAGUGAACUUGGCAUUUUAGAUCUAAUUCAAGUCUUUGUGGAAAUAUUAGACAAGUGUUUUGAAUGUGAACUGGAUUUAAUUUUCCGUGAUAAGGUUCACGAUAUUCUUGCAGAAAUGGUGAUGGGGGAAAUGGUAUUGGAGACCAACAUGAAUGAGACUGUUACACAAAUUGAUGCACAAAAUAAACUGGAGAAAUCUGAGGCUGGCUUAGCGGGAGCUCCAGCCGUGCUGUAUAAGCUGUAAAGAAUAUGAGUCUUCCGGAGAUCCCAAGAAAUAUUAACAUUGGUGAUAUCAGUAUAAAAGUGCCAAACCUGGCCUCUUUUAAAUAAAAUUAAAAGGCCACUCCCAGGUAAAAUCCAGGGGGAAAAGUCAUCUAAGUUUACCAUGCACUUAUUUACCAAAAAUAAGAGGAAGAGAGUCUUAACUUUUGCUCUGGAUUUAAGUCAAGGUACUGUAUAAAAGUUGUGUAAAAUCGUAUGGAAGUUCAAUGUUGCUUUUCUUGCUCAGUGAUUUUGAAGAAAUUGAGUAGUUCCAGUGUGAUAUUUCUCUUUCUUUUCUAAACCGCAUUCCUGUGCCCACCUGAAAGCAUGCCUCUAUGUAUUGGCUACUACAGUAAUUCAAACAGUGUUUGAGACAUUUCUUUAAAUUAUGUACAAUCCACAAUGUUGGUGUAUUGUAUGGAUCACAAGUGCAGCAUCCCAUAAUUCUUUGUGUUAUUUGUCACGGUUGUUAUUUAAACAACCAAAUAUGUAUUGCAUGAAAACAUUAUGACCUUUCCUCUUAGUUUAAAUAAACUCCAAGGUAACUGGACUUCUAAAGUACCUUUCUAUUUGCCUGAUAUCUACUUUAGCAAUAAUUUUUUUAUGACCCUCUGACUCAACAAAGUAAAUAAAAGUAUAUUUUAUCACUGUUAAAAACAAACAAACAAACAAACAAACAAACAAAUCCCAGAGACUCCUUCCCCAAGGUACUGGGAAAACUGGGAACUUUCCUGUACUGCACUUUUCGGUAAAAUUGUUCCCAUCAUUAACCUAAUCUUCCCAUUCCAAUUUUCAGGGGAAAAAAAAAAAAAAAAAAAAGACCAAAGCCCUACAAAUGAUGAUAGCUCCAAAGUUAAAGCUCAGUGGAUUCCAUCUGAGUAACUUAAAACGAAUGAAUGUAUUUUACUCAUUCACAUUUAAAAGUAAUUAAUUUAAUAAAAUUUAUAGGUAAUAACUAUAGUUUACAUAUAGAUAUAAUAUCUAGUUAAUAAUUUGACUUUUCUUCAGCUCCAUUUUUAGAAACAAAGCUAAGGAAAACAAGUCCUUCCUUUAUCAUUUUGAUACCAGAUGCGAAGAAAACAAUUUCUUUCAACAUAUUUGAGAAUUUAUCAAUUCUGAUGCCUAGAAACUGGCAAAUGAGAGAUAUUCGCAUAAUCAUUUAAAAAUUACUAGUGUAACCACUCAAAAGUUAAAUGUCAGUAACAAAUGUCUGAGGGCAGACAGGUCUACAGGGACGUGGGCUCAGACUGCCCAGUCAUGAGUGUGUGUGUGAUGCCUGGAAGAAUGACUUUCAUGGGUUACAUUCUAAAAUUCUGAAUUAAAAAAAAUUGUUAUAAUUUCUAUUUUAUUUUUCUCAUAAGCAUGAAAUAAGAUGUGACAUCACACCAAUGUAUUAAGAACUCACUCAACUGAAAUCAGAGAUUUAAAAAACUCUAGUUAGCUUGUGCAUUGCUGAGUGUUGUAAGUAAGCAAACGUAUGCUAUGGAAUGGCUGCUGGGCCUUUUCAAACACUCCUCCAGCUGUCUAAAGGAAACACUAACUGGAAAAGACAGGUGCUGUCAAGGAUAGCAGAGAGCUACCUGCAUGUGUGCAGAACAGGAGUUAUGUGGAUUUGCCUGCAUUUGAAAUGGAAACAAUGAAAUGAUAAACCAGACGCCAAUAUUAUUUUCAGGAGGAAGAGAACAGGGGACACGGAACAGUGAGGCAUCUCUGAAUAUACCUCGUCAUACAACUUCUACUUUGGAAAUGUAAGUGUUUUACAGCUUAAAAAACAAAAAUAAGGGCAGCCCCGGUGGCGCAGCGGUUUAACGCCGCCUACAGCCUAGGGCGUGAUCCUGGGGACCCUGGAUUGAGUCCCACGUCGGGCUCCCAGUAUGGAGCCUGCUUCUCCCUCUGCCUGUGUCUCUGCCUCUCUCUCUGUCUCUAUAAAUAAAUAAAAAAAUUAAAAAAAAUUAAAAAAAAAACCAAAAAACAAAAAUAAACACAAAAAGCAGCUGCCCAAAACUGAAAAUCAAACUAAAACAAGACUAACUACAUGUUCGUAGUUAUAUACAAGAUAUAUACAAGUAUAUAUACAAGAAUAAAAAAUAAAACCUCAACAAAUAAAAAACAAAACAAGAAAAAUCUUAAACUUCACUUUGUAAUUUAGCGGUUGGUAGUUACAGUGGUAUUACUCUUUUGGAAGAAUUUUAUAUAUACGCUGCAGGAUAGUGUAUGAGCAAUUAUGUGGGUUAGGAAUGACGAUUUUCAGUGUAAGAGAGAUGAUACAUCUUUCUUAUAUCUAAGUAAGAUAUAAAGUCAAAGAGGUAGAGAUCCUGAAAGCUAAAAUUGAAUUAGCAGUAACAGUAUGAUCUCAUGAUUUGUUUUCUUUCAAUUAUACGCAUUUCCCAGCACUUCACUGAAAGGCCAUGAAGCAAUGACAACCCAACAGCAGUAAGCACAUUAGUCCUCAGGCUGUUGCUGCUAAACACCAUUCCUCCCAAGAGAACCAGUGUUCCUUAGAUAAACGGCUGAUUCCUGAUCUGAAGCAAGAAACAGAAAGUAAAUCAGAAGGCAAGGAAACUACUGGGGGGAAAAAAAAAGGCAAGGAAGCGACCAGAGACUAAUGGCUUAAGUCAAACGGACACAGGACCAACACACAAAGGGGUGUGAAUGGUUAGAACAGGGAAAAACUGAGCAAAGCAAGCCCACAGAGAGUGCAGGAGACUGAAACACAUGGGUAACACGACCCCUGGGGUCUCUGCCCUCACUCCUUGGAUCUUGGCUUCCCUGCGGCGAUUUUAGAAUGUCUGUGCUUGGAGUGCACAGCUGGCCAGCUCGGGCAGGAAGCUUCCAAACUAGCUACAUAUAGUAUCAGAGGACUUGCUUGUGGCUUCCUGAUGCACAUAGAUCACUAUGGAGUGAACUUCAGAAGAAGGUUUUUUUUAAAGUAGGCUCCACACCCAGCAUGGAGCCCAUCACUGGGCUUGAUCUCAUGACCCUGUGAUCACGACCUGAGCUGAAAUCAAGAGUUGGACGCCCGAACAACUGCACCACCCAAGCGCCUGUUAUAAAAUUCAAAAAGUAAACUACAGAAAUGGAUGAUCUUCAUACACAGAAAUAUUUUAUAUAUAUAUACAACAUAUAUGUGUGUGUAUGUGUAUAUAUAUAUUUAUUAUUUAUAUAAAUAAAAGUACUAUAUAUAAAAAUCCUAUUUAUACAGGGAAACACAAGCAAACACAAGCUUUCCCUUAGACUCUAGAUAUUGGUCUUUAAAUGCAGAUAAACGUCUGGAAAGACAUACUUAAGUUAGUACGAAUUUUUCUUAUACAAUAAGCAGGUGUUCACGUUUUUAAUGACAAAAAAAUUAAAAAUACAGUACAUUUCUCCUAAAAUUCUUUUCCCAACAUAAAAUUGGCUCUCUUUAUGUAAUAAAUCAUAUUCUCCUUUUUGACAUCUACUUGUUCAAUCUCUUUCCAUUCCUCCAAGGUGUUCCUUAAAAAUUAAGAGCAAUCUUGGAGUUAUGCAUUAAAGAACCAGGACAUUUAGCCAGAAGGCCACUAACAAGGUCAUGAAGUGAACCUGGCACCCAGUGAGUCUAAAAAGCAGGUUUGCCAGGUGGACCCUUGCCUCUGGGUGACUCCCCUGUGACAGGCAUGGCCUCUGAGACAGGCGAGGCCCCGGCUGGACCACUCAGAUGGUCAUGAAGCUUUUUACAGGGUGGACUCAAAAUCUGCCUCUGAAACUUCGAUGUGAUGGUCUAUUUGGAAUCCAGAUGAGGACACGGCAUGAGCCCUUAAUGUCUCGUAGGGGAGUUGAGCGUUUGUUUUCUGUGACAAAACAAGAUACUACCUAAUAUAAUAGAAGGAGACAAUAUUAACACUCACUACCCCAGAAAACUUGUCCAGGCUUCAUAGUGGGUGACGUACGCUCUGGGGGAUACCACAGGUACUCCAACUGUUGUGUGUUGUAAAUAGUCGGGAGAUGACACAGGCACUUAGGUCGGCCACACCUAGAACCAGCAGACGCCAUCACAGGCCUUUUGAACUUGAAUCGGGUAUGUAAUCUCUCUGCAUCUCAGUUUCCUCAUCUAAAAAAGUGAGCAUGGGAAGAGUACUUACACCUUACGGGGUUAAAGAUACCUGGUUAGUGCUGCCUACAGUGCCUGCGUCUUAUAAGCACAAAUGAAUAUGUGCUCUUCUAAUUAUUAACUUUAUUUCCUUAGCAAGAAACCAAAUAUAACCUAAUUCUAGAAACUGGAUAGUUGCUUUAAGUUACUUUUAUUUAGCCACUGAGGUAUUUUAUCUGGCAUUUACACUCUUCGGGCUGUUGUGGUACGUGAAAUGACGGUAUUUAUAAGCCGCCACAUUUAAUGUUAUUUUGCUUUGGAGAGGUGACCCCUGACUACAGACUACAUUUCCCCAAACUGGCCACAGCAACACCCCCCUUCCUGCUUUUCCAGCACCUUGCCACCCCCAUCAGGAAGUGGAGUGGAUUCCCCUUCCUCCUGAACCUGGGCGGGACUCUGUGACCACUGCAGUUAACAGGGCAACAUGGAAAUAAUGCUGCAUAACUUCCGAGGCUAAGUCAUAAAAGGUGAUGUGGUUGCUGCCUGGUUCUUCUCUUGUGACACUUGCCCCUGGCGCUCACCAUGCCACCCUUCUACAGGGACGGGUUUUUGUUUGUUUUUUAAAUAUUUUAUUUAUUUAUUCAUGACAGACAGAGAGAGACAGAGGCAGAGACACAGGCAGAAGGAGAAGCAGGCUCUCUGCAGGGAGCCCAACAUGGGACUCGAUCCCGGGUCCCGAGGAUCACGCCCUGGGCUGAAGGCGGCGCUAAACUCCUGAGCCACCCGGGCUCGGCAUGACGCCUAAAGCACGACACGUGGAGAAGGUCCCAUGGUGAGGAACGGAGGAGUCCCUGGACAACAGCCAGCAUCAACUGGCUGACUCAGACACGUGUGAACAGUCUUGUGAACCUAAGUGGAGAUGCUUCCAGCUGAGGCACCAGAUACUGUGAAGCAGAGACAAGCCACCUCCACUGGGACCCGUCCAAAUUCUUGGCCCAGUGGUUCUCAGAGCAUAGUAAACGGUGGUCUGCUCGUGAUACAGCCAGAGUAACCAAAAUAGCCUAGACCCAGCCCCGCCCCUGCCAGGGCCGCAGUCUGCACCACUGGGGAGCUUGCAGGAAAUGCAAAUUCUCAGCUCCCACUCAUAGCACAUGAAUCAAAAUCUCUGCGGGUAAGACCCAGGAAUCCGCGUCCGUCCGUGAAGUCUCAGAGACAAUUUACAGCUAGCAGUUGAGAGGCACUCGGCACAGCCUAGAUGCCGGGGGCUGGCAAAGGCCCCAUUGCGGGGCUCAGGGAGCCUGCCCUGCCUCAGCCGAUGGGCAGUCUUCCGGAAGAUGUGCGUCUCCGACAGGAGGAUGAAAUAAGGCACCUGGGCCGGCUCCUAGAAAGGAGGCAGGACUCGGGGAAGGGCCACCUGAACGAAGGGGGAAGAUCGGAUAGAGGAAAAAACAGGGUGGGGAGCGGAGGCGUAGUAAUAGAUUUCGAAGCCCUCUUCUCUGGGGCUCCUGUCUCGGGAGGCACCUUUACUUCGGAGCACCGGUAUGGGGUUGGGCAGGUGUCAGCUCAGAGGACUUCUGCCACGUCUUUUAAAUUAUCCAGCCGAUCAGGAUUAAGAAACGAAAUUUUUUAAAAAGGCAGGGAUUCAGGUCAGAAUCCUGUCAGCACGAGGAAAAAAGUCUCAUGUUGCGGUGUCUCUCGGGAACCUGAGGACAAGGUGAAGUAGGAAAUUCCUCACGUGCUGCACUGGAGCAUUCAGGGCGGAUACAAAUCAGCACAUGCUAAAUCACCAUUUGCAAGUUUCACAAAUCUCUAGACAGUGGAGCUGAGACAAAGCGAAUCAACUUAUUGUUAACAUGAUGUGCAGUAAGGAGGGCCACC